UAAGACACCCCCCGGAAUGACGGAAGACGACCAAGUGGUUGGUCAAUACAAUACAACGGAUAGCUCAAGAUCCAAGCCCCUUGCACACCCUCGAUUUUCUCUCUAUGCAGAUCGGAUUAAGACUUUCUCCUCCUGGCCUACAGAUUUGAACCAGCAACCUCACGAUUUGGUCGCAGCCGGGUUCUUCUACCAAGGGACGGCAGAUAUUGUGACAUGCUAUUCCUGUGGUGGAAGUCUCAAAGAGUGGGAACCGGUUGACGACCCUAUGAUUGAACAUGCUCACUGGUUCCCUAGCUGCCAAUUUCUACUACAAUUGAAAGGAGAACACUUCAUUAUGCAAGCACAACUACCCGGACAAAGAGAAGAAUCACCAGCCUGUAUUGAAAAGAAUGUACGAUACAAUAUGGCGGAUUCCGUUGCUACAAACUUGCAGACACGGACACAGACCCCUCAUUCACAAAAUGUUACGUCCGGCGAGAACAUGGAACAACUGUUAAACACCCCAGCAGCACUCAGCGUACUGAUGAUGGGUUACGAUAGGGACACCGUCAUAGGGGCUAUAAAGAGAUGCCUCAAAUCAGGACAAACAUUACCCUCAGCCACAGAUAUUAUGAAGGUGUUAUUAGACAUGGAAGACGAAAAUGAAAACGAAAAUAACAGCGAAACAGAAAUCGUAUUCAAUGAGACAAACAAUGAAGACACAAUGAAAAGUGAAAGUGAAAAUGAAGUAAUGAAAAAUGAAAGUGAAAAUGAAGUGGUAAAAGGUGAAAAUGAACGUGUUGAUAUGAGUCAAUUCCGAAAUGAACCUAGGUACUCACAAUGUACGGAAGGUCCAUCGUCUGGGCCAAAUACAACGUACAACACGACAUCGCCUUUCUCUACGUAUGCAUCACAACCGGUUUCUGACAAAUGUCUGCCUGCACAAACCAAAUCGACUCCACAGACACUCUCUUCCGAACUCAAUCAAAUGAAUGACCUCGUGGAGGAAAACAGGAUGCUAAAAGAAAAUGGCUUGUGUAAAAUAUGCAUGGACAAAAACUCUAAUACUGUCUUUCUCCCCUGUGGGCACCUGGCUACAUGUGCGGAAUGUGCAUCAUCGCUUCGUACGUGUCCAUUGUGCCGGAUGCAUAUACAUGGUACCGUUAAAGUUUACUUAGCGUAA